CGGCCCCCCAUGGGGCCUCCGCCCUCGUUCUUCCAGGUGUUGGACCAGCACCGGGCGACCCUGCUGGCCGCCCUCAGGAGCGGCGGGGGGCCCCCCGGCCAGGGCCGCCGCCUGCCCUCUAGUUCUGAAGUACUUGAAUCCAUAGAAAAUAUCAUCCAGAACAUAGUCACAAGCUUGGCAAGAAAUGAAGCACCUGCAUUCAUAGUGGAAAACAGAUCAAGCUGGGAAAACAUAAAGUUUGAAGAUACUGUGGGUCUUCAUAUGGUAUCUCCUUGUACCACCAGAAGAAUCAGAAGUGAUUCACCAAAAUCAGUUCAUAAAUUUGCUCUAGUUCUUAAAAUAUUAUCCAUGAUUUAUAAGUUAGUGCAGAGCAACACUUAUGCAACCAAAAGAGACAUAUAUUACACUGACAGCCAGCUCUUUGGUAACCAGACUGUUGUGGACAGUAUUAUCAAUGACAUUUCCUGUAUGCUAAAAGUGCCAAGGAGAAGUCUACAUAUAUUAUCAACAUCAAAAGGUUUAAUUGCUGGCAAUUUAGGAUACAUCGAGGAAGAUGGCACCAAAGUGAAUUGUACCUGUGGUGCGACGGCUGUUGCUGUACCAUCUAAUAUUCAAGGAAUUCGGAAUUUAAUUACAGAUGCAAAAUUUCUAUUAAUUGUAGAAAAAGAUGCGACAUUUCAGCGGCUCCUGGAUGACAACUUUUGCAACAAGAUGUCUCCGUGCAUUAUGGUCACGGGAAAGGGAGUCCCCGAUCUGAACACAAGGCUUUUAGUCAAGAAGUUGUGGGACACGUUUCAUAUUCCUGUCUUCACUCUCGUUGAUGCUGACCCUCAUGGCAUAGAAAUUAUGUGCAUCUAUAAGUAUGGAUCUAUGUCCAUGUCUUUUGAAGCACAUAAUCUCACAGUUCCUGCUAUCAGAUGGCUUGGUCUCCUCCCUUCUGAUAUUAAAAGGUUAAAUAUACCUAAAAGUAGUUUAAUUCCACUGACAAAACGGGACCAAAUGAAACUUGACAGUAUCCUGAAGAGACCUUAUGUUAGCUGUCAACCUUUUUGGAGAAAAGAAAUGGAAAUGAUGGCAGAUUCUAAAAUGAAGGCGGAAAUUCAAGCUCUGACAUUCCUGUCAUCAGAUUAUCUUUCCAGAGUGUACUUACCCAACAAAUUAAAAUUUGGAGGAUGGAUAUAAAUACACAUCAGAAGAACUUGUGAUUGCCACAGGAUUUUCAUUCGUUUUGUUCUAAUUAGUAAAUAGUGCU